CCCAACCGCGGCCCCUAAAACUACUAAAUGUAUUUGGACAAGGAAAACCGCUGAAAUAUUUUAGGAAGCCCAACAGCAGAUCGUCUCAUUUUGAACACAAUGGAAACCAUAGCGGAAGCUUCUGAGAAAAGUGAUUUGCUCGCAGAAAUUCAAACAGAGGAGCAAGAAAAUUUUACUCUGAGAAGGCUGGAAGCUUCAGAUUAUGCGAAAGGGUUCCUGGAUCUCUUAGGACAGCUUUCUGUAUGUGGACAGGUCUCUCAAGAAGAAUUCACCAAGAGAUUUGAGGAGCUGCAGAGUUUGGGCGAUGACCAUUUUGUAUGUGUGAUAGAAGAUCUCCAAAGCGCUAGAAUUGUGGCAACUGGGGCUGUUUUUGUGGAGAGGAAGUUUUUGAGGACAUGUGGCAAAGCGGGUCAUAUAGAAGACGUGGUAGUAGAUUCUUCUGUGAGAGGUAAACAUCUAGGACACAAAAUAAUGAAUUUUUUGACCCAGUAUGCAAAGAAUGCAGGCUGUUAUAAGGUCAUUCUGGACUGUAGUAUGGAGAAUGAGGGUUUUUAUGAAAAGUGUGGGUUCAAGAAUACGAAUAUACAGAUGUCCCUUCGCUUCUGAUUGAAUGAGUUUUCAGGACUAUUUAUGUAUUUAAUAUGGAAAAUUUUCAGUGAAGUUCUAAACCUCCUUUAAUGUGUUGUGGGUAUGCUUAGAUCAAAAUCUUAAGAUUUGUAGAUAUGGGUUACUGUCGAGUGUAUUUCUGAACCGCGUGCGUAUCAUUUGUAAUCACGGGGUUUGAUUUAUAAACAAGGCUAACCAUGGAGCGGAUGCCUUUUCCACACGCUUAAUAUUUGUAAUCGAGGGUUACACAUUUGAAUGGACCUCAUGACUGGUACACUGCAACCUUACCAGAUUCCACCUUAUUGGGGUUAAGGAGUUUGAGAUUGGGUUGCACUUAAGAUUGAUCUCUUUUAAUAAUAUUCCAUAAUCUCUUGGAGAAUUGUUAUUAUAUUUUGAUUCUGAUCUGGAAAGAAAAAACAAAAUGUGCGGUGAAAACAAAUGGGAGUGUCGGGGGAAAUCUAUCUUGAUGAGUGUUGGUCAAUGUCAUUCUGAAAAACUUGCCUAUGUAUAAUCUUUUAUGAAUGCAAUUCAUCCAAUCUAUAGUAUUUUUUCUCAUGCAAACUAGAGCUAUGUUCUAUCA